GUUCACCCAAGUUACCACGUUUCUCGUUCGCCCUUCAUAUUCCAUUCACUCCCUACCUAAUCGACCGCGCGGUUUCAACAAGACACACCGCAACGUUUGCCCUUGCACAUUUUCUCCGACAGUACGGCGCCCGUCAGCCCUUUGUUCGCAACAUUUGCUCUUGUGCUAUUCCCCACAGCCCACGCCGUCUCAUCUGCGCUUCGCCCGCUGCGCCUGCUAUCUGCUCCGCCCUCUCCUUUCCCACCCUCCGUAUCCCCCGCCCUCUAUCCGUUAUCCGCCGUGCCCUCGCGCGCCCGCCGCCAUGUUCGCCAUCUUCGACCGCAUCCACUCCCCGCAGCUGCCGGGCGGGCCUCCGCCGAGCGCGCUAGAGAGGAGCUCAGUGGACAACGCGGUGCGCGCGGACUUGGCGCGCGUGAAGGACAACCUGCCGCUGGAGUGGAAGAGCCACGUGGAGGAGCACAUGCUCGACGGCGCCGCGUUCGGCACCAUUCACAACCAUCCACGAGUCAGCUGGGCCGAGCACCGCGCUCCUGAAAACGGUGGCCGUGUUUUCGUGGUGCUCUACGGCAGCAUCGACAACGAGGACGAGGUGCGCGAGCUGUACAGCCUGCCGAAGCCCGACUGCCCCGACCCGCUGCUCGCCUUCUCCGCCUCCUCCGCGCUGCUGCUCGCCGAGCUCUACUGGAAGGGGUUCUCCGAUGCAUAUGGCGACUACUCGUCGCAGCCGCAGACGUGCCUCGCCUCCCUGCAGGGCUCGUGGUCGUUCUGCCUCUUUGAUGACGCCAGCCAGUACGUGCUGGCCGCCAGAGACCCCCACCACGGCGCGCCGCUCUUCUGGGCCGCCGUCCAACAAGCUGACCUGCUCUUCUGCACGUGGAGCACUGCACCUGCCGCCAACUCCAUUCCAGAAAAUGCUGCACACCCAACUGCCGCUGCCGCUGCCGCUGCUGCUACUGAUUCCGCAGCGGAUACCGAUGCUGCUGCUGCUGCUGCUGCUGUUCCCAACCCUGAUACUCCUGACGCCCCUGCUGCAGCUCCUGCCGUUGCUGUCACAUCAUCGGGCGACAGUGGUCUAGAGGUCCGCGAGUUCCCUGCGGGAUGCUUCUAUGAGAAGAAGUGGGAUGAAACCAUUGGCUCUCUCCACAGCUAUAUGGAGGGGGAGACGGAGGAGGAGAUGGAUCUCACCAUGCCCAUGCCCUGUGGCACCAUGUUCCGCGUCAGCAGUGGAAGCGACCUUGCAGGGCCCAAGCCAGGGAGUUUUGCCAUGUGAACAACCUGGGAGCAGGGGGGACUGCAUAGUCUUCGUUGAGCUCUUGGUCAGCCUGCCGGGCGAAAGCUUGGCUGCUGUAAUUAUGCAGGCUGACCGCAUGGUUCCUCUGUAUAUUCCUUCUGACUUCCCUAGCGUUUUUGCCUUGCCUAUGAACAAUAGAAUAAAAGAUAUACCGUAUUCCCCCGGAUAAUGGACCCGCAGGUAAGAAAGUCCAUGGGUCCUUUACCCGGGGGUGGGAUCAUUUAUUUUGGCAGACCUCGUGAGGACCUGCUUUUUGGCAUUUAACAUCUCAAGACCCCCCAGCUUUGUUUUCGUGCUGGUUUUUGCACUCAGAAUGGAAAUUGCAG